CAAAUAUACUUCCAAACCCAAAAUUCCAACCACCACUUAGAGUCACUUUCUCUCAUUGCUCCUCAGCUCCAAAAUUCAAACACCAUUCACAUUCUCAUCAAUGGCAUCAACCAUCAUUGCAAUGACCAUGAUCAACGCAAAGUCCUUGAACACUACUAGUUCACCAAAGUUCCACAACCCAACUAAGCUCAUUACAAACCCCACUUCCCUCAUUUCCCUCAAGAACCUUCUUCCAAAGAAAAUUCCCACAACAGAAAACAUUAAACUAUCAACAUCCAUAGCAGGAACAGCACUAGCAGGGGCAAUAUUCUCAACACUCUCAACCUGUGAUGCAGCUUUUGCAGCACAACAAAUAGCUGAAAUAGCAGAAGGAUCAUCAGACAACCGUGGUUUAGCACUUUUGUUACCAUUAAUUCCAGCCAUAGCUUGGGUUCUGUACAACAUUCUUCAACCAGCACUUAACCAAAUCAACCGUAUGCGUAACGAUAAAGGAGUUAUAAUUGGUUUAGGUCUUGGGGGUGGGUUAGCAGCUUCAGGGUUUGUAUCAACACAAGAUGCAAUUGCUAGUGAAAUGACUGCAAUUGCUGAAGCUGCUGGUAGUGAUAACAGGGGUCAGCUUCUGUUGUUUGUGGUAACACCAGCUAUUCUUUGGGUUCUUUAUAAUAUUUUGCAGCCUGCUCUUAACCAAAUCAACAGAAUGAGACAGUGAAACUUUUUAAAAAAAUAAAAUUUAGUUUUUGUUUUGUUGUUGUUAUGGGAUAUAUAAACCAUUCAUUUCUCUUGUAACAUGUAUAUUUUUAAUGCUAUAUAAAUCAUUCUGUUGUUUG